AUGUCAAAUUCAUCACCACAUAUUCAACCUCCUUCUCUGGAUCCAUCUUUCUCAAACCCAGAAACAAAAGCUCUUCCACCACUCCCCUCACAACAAGUUGUUGCAAUGGGAGACCCAACUUUAACUUCACAAACCCCUCCACCUUUACCUCCACAUCCACAGACCCCAGAUUCUCAGGCUCAUGCACAUAUAGUUGGAUUAGGAUCUACACCUGGUAACAAUAAUGGAACAGUGGUGGUUGGUCCAACUACAACUAUAGUCACACCUGGCACGAAAACUGAUGGCUCAUUUACAAUCCCAGUAUCGCGAGCUCCACUUGUUUUACCACAGGAUCUUCCAGAAGACCUAACUUCUAGACCAGUUGCAACAUUGGAAUCCCUUAAAAACAACCCACUAGCUCUCCGUGGCCUAGCAGAUUCUAUAGCUUAUUCUCCAUCCCCCAUUUCUAUUCCUUUAUCUGCUGCUGCUGCUACUGCCACAAUUUCCUCCACUUCUUUAUCCGAACCCACAUCUCCUUCUCCUACUUCCUCUUCUGCAUCUCCUUCUCCUUCUAAUCCUGCAACUCCUCCUACCCGCCCUGGUUUUGGAUCCCUUGAUGCUUUAAUAUCCCAGCAAACAACAGCCGCCCAUUCAAACGCUACAAUGGCUCGUAACCUUGCUACAAAAAUUCGUACUGUUCUCCCACCACGCCGCGAUUUGGCAGCCCGUACAUUGGCCUCGGCACAGGCUGUCGAGCGUGACUGGCUUGCUGUUGAGGCAGACAUGUACAAGGCAUUGCAACCAUAUACCAUGGAGUCACUGCAUGCACGUAUGGCUCGUGCUGUAACCGAGGCGGAGCAGGUCUCCGAAUCGUUGGCAGACUCGUUUUUACAUUCACAGCCAGGGGGGUCUAAUUCAGCUCAAGGAGGGUCGGCUACUUCUGCAGAUGGAGAAUCUGGGAACGGUGGGAAUGAAGAGACUAAUAAUAAUGGUGAUGAUGUGGUAGAGUUUAUCAAAAACUAUAGAAAAGAACGCAAGACUUAUCAUAUGCGCAGAGAGAUUUUGGAACGAUGGCGCGAAGAACGUGUUGCUCGGACAUACUAA